AUGGGGGGAAUGAAUGUGGAUUUGGUGGACCGGGAAAGGGACCACGUCGAGGUGGAGGGCGGGGCUCUUUGGGUGGAGGCCCUGUACAUGGUGGAUGCGCAGAUCAGCAGCAGCAGCACCAGCCCUGCGGAAGGUGGCACUUUGAGCAGCGAGAGCGGCAGGGACACCAGCAGUGGUGGUACAAGGGCGGAGGUGGAGGUGGUGCAGCUGACGGAGGAGGAGCAGCAAGACAACAGCAACGGGCGCAACGUGGACGAUGCAAUCAUCGACCUCUUCUCCCUCGCCCUCUUCUCCCACUCCCUCCUCCUCUCUCCCACCUCCACCUUCGGCUACCUCAUUGCUGCCCUUGCCCCCCACACCCCGGCCCGCUUUGCCUCCUCCUCCUGCCCCCCUUGCCCCCCAGAGCCGUGCUACCACCAACCCCCCACCCAGGGUCAGUGCCGUGACGGCCAGCCACUGCUGCUGGAGCGUGCCCUGGCUGCGGUGCCCCACCUGCCUCUCAUGCGCUGUGCUGACCUCUCACCGGGGCUCGCAGUCAACACUGCUGCUGCUCUUGCUGUUGAUUCUGGGCAGUAG